GCGGGGCCGGCGAUGUCGCUGCUGCGAGGGCCGCGGCCCCGCGGCGCCGGCAGGAAGGGCCCCAGGAAGCCGGCGGCGGCCGUUAGGCGGGACUGGGACAGUACCGUCCAUGAUUUGACAGUCCACCGUGCAACUCCUGAGGAUAUUCUGCGUCGCCAUGAAAUACACAAAUCAAAAAACAAAGCACUGGCGCAUCUGGAACUGCAAGAGAAAGCACUGAAAAGAAAAUGGAAGAAGCAAAAACAACUGGCUGCUGAUUCCUUGGAGAAAAGGAAAUUGACUCUGAUGCGUGAGAUUCUGUCUGAUCAAUACCAUUUGCAAGAUGUGUUGGACCGAUCUGAUCAGGUUAUGGCUGUGGCAAAAGACUUGUUUGGGGAUGCUCCUCGCACGCGAACAGGUUUCCCUAAUGUAACAAUGGCUCCUAACUGUGACCUAGAAUCAUCUCAAGGACCCAUUGUACAAAAAUGUGAUCCUCCCACUCAGCUUUCCAUCCUUAGUGAAUCUGUCAUGGAUUCUCAGGCUCUUAAUGAAGUGGAAGAGGAAGGAUUAUCAAUCUAUCGAUCAGAAGAUGGACACCAUGACUCUCUGAAUUUCAAAUCCAGUAUCAAUUCUGACAGGCUACUUCGGUUAUUGAGAGAAGAUGAUUCCUUGGUGAAUUCUCAGUUGUGGGCUGAAAAGGAUAUGAGAAAAACUACCUUAUCACAGGAAUCAAAUGUGCCUUUGACUCCAACAACUGUUUCUCCAUCAUUGGAUCAGCCAGCCCUCAAUGCUACCAAUGUAGUCAAGAGAAUCCAUUCAAGACUUCAGAAUGAAGAUGAAGAAGAGACUGUAGACUCCACUUACACUGUGAGACAAGUGCUGAACCCGAACUCAAGGAAACAAAAGCAAAUUGCAGCAAAAGUGAAAAGAAAACAAGCUGCGCAGAACUCUGCAAGACAGAGGAGAGAUGAUUCUCCAGCUAAUUCAAUCCCCAUUGACCUUCGGAGGGACAACAAAUCCAGCCUAGAUGUUCUCAACCACAUGAUACAUGAAGUGGAGCAUGAAUUGGAGGAAUAUGAGCGAUGUACAGGUCGUGAGGUUCAAAAAACUGAGAGAAGUGAAGGCCUCACUGGGUUUACCUUGUCACUGGUGAACGCUCUAUGUCGUUUGAUGCGCUACCUCAAAGAGAGUGAAAUGCAGCUGCGUGAGAAAGAGGUGAUGAGACAGCAGCAUGAGGAGAUGUUGAAUGAACACAGAGAACUGAUUGAUGCUCUGACUGCAGAAGUACUUCUAGUGAGGGAAGAAAACACUACUAUACAGAAGAAGCUUCAGCAGUACAUGAUGGUAACAGAUGAACAGCUGAUCUCUCUCACACAAGCAUUUAAAGGCCUCCCUUUGGUAGAACCUAGAAGAGAACAAAGUCCAAACCAUUUUGGAAUUGCAAGCAAAGGUCCAGUGAAUGGCCAAGAAAAACCUGAUUUGAGCUAUUUUGAGCCUAGGGAUGAUGCAGGCAACAGGGAAGGUAUGCUGAAAUUCCCACAGGAAGAACCUCCUUUCAAGUUUCCCCCGAGGCCAGGUGCCUCAGGUGGCACGGGAGCUGGUAGAAGCUUGCCAGCUCACAUCUUCCAGCCAGCUGUUCUGUUGUCACCCCCUCGUCAGAAGAGCAGUCAGGAAUUGUCUGCCUUCCAGAACGUGUUUACAGCCAUUUCUCAGUCUCCUGAAAACACCGAAAGAGAACCAUGCAAGGAAAGGAGCUCACCUUCCUCCCUGAGAACACAGAGCACAAGUGAGGAAAACUGUCUCAUCUCUCAAAGGCAACCAAUUCCUCCUGCAGACAAAGACUUGGAGAGUUCCCACAAGGAAAUCAGUCUGUCCUGCCCAGGUGACACUAGAAAAAAUAGCACAGCUGAAGAGUUAUUUCAAAACGGUGAUCUGCUGGGACAGAUAGCUGAGCUCACGCGGCAGAACUCUCUAAUUAAAGCUCAACUGAGCAAAUUCAGAGACUUCUCUGAAGACACAAGUGACUGCCUACAUCAGCCAGACCCAAUACGAAAUGCAAAUCCUAGUCCAGACUCUUCGCAAGGACAGACUCAUCUUGUGGUAUCGAAGAGCUUGGAGGAAAGAAUAGCAGAGCUGAAUCGUCAGAGUGCAGAAGCACGUGAUAAACUGUUGCAGCUAAUAGACCAGCAGAAAUUAGCCGCUGCUGAUGCGGUCCCUCCAAUGAUAUCUCCUGUUCUGCCCCCAUCCCUAAAUUAUACUGAAAAUGCAAGGAGGAUAAUUGAAGUGUCUGUUCCUGGGGCAGUUGCUAUGGACAGUUCUAAAGAAGAUAGUGUUUCCCCUGCUAGUAUGACCAGUAUAAGAAGGUCUGUAGGAGACUCUAGCAAACCUUGUUCACCCCUAAAUGACAUGUCAGAAAGUGUGAAAUUAACUCCUGUCAGCCAAAGGCCAAAGGUGGAAAAGCAAAAAGAAGAAGGCUGGUUUGCGUUGUCAAUGCAUGUUAUGUAAAGGAAGCUGCUCUCAAGUCCGAUACUUUUUUUAAUUUUUUUUUAUGAACCGCAAUUAGAUCACAAUAGUUCCCCUCUCCAGAUGUACAGUUUAACUCUGAAGUGCUUUCACGUCAGUGCCAUUAGUAGAAAAAGGUCCAUAUGGUUAUUGUAUUUGUGCCAUACAGAGCACUAUAGGAAGUCCUGGGUAUGAGUUUCUGAACUGGACACGCCGCUGUGACGUUAUGCCUUUUCACAGAAUAAAUCUUUCACAAGACUGUAAACUCAGGCUGUUGUAGCAAUACAAAUGAGCAUCUGAUAUCUGUGUUAGAUAUGCUGAAGACAAGAGGUUUUAGAAACUACAUGUGAAACUUUCUGGAGCAUGUAUUCGCACAAGAUAUGGGAAUGAAAAAAAAUCAAGAAAAACUGAGAUGAGGGAGUGUACUUAUGUUCAAAAGCAACCUGGAGAUUAGGAAGCCAGUCUGUUCCUGCUGGAUAAGAAUUUGCAUCAGAAAUUUGUUCCUUCUGUGGUUUACAGUGGCUCCUAAAAGUUGUGUUUUCUGUGCAGUUAACAUAUCAGGGAUUACAUCUGGACUUGAGGAUUGCUUUUUAAAAAUCUCGUUUAGUAUUUUUAUAGUAAAUACAAAGUGACUAUUUGAAGUUGAAAUCAGAAUCUCUGUUUGCUGUGUACUAAAGUAUGCUCUCUUUGAUACAAUAGAAAACUGUGAUAUAAGUACAACUGUAUUAAGCUGUUUUGUUAUGUGUGUAUAUAAUACUCUAAUGACCAUGUUUUUAUAUUGUUUUUAUUUGACUUUUUAAAGUAGCCAUCAUUUUAUUAUUAAUGAUUAACAAUAAAAUCUAGGA